CCAUCUAAUACCUUCCGCCAUUGACAAGAUUUUUCUCCGCUUCAAAUAGUCUCCUUCAGUCUUCUCUUUCUCACUGUAUCUUCUUCGGCUUCUUUCAAUUUCUCCGCCUGCAAACCCUAGCGCGCCACCGGAAUUCCCGCGUUCUACUCCCUUGUUGUCCUCGCCGGCGCCGUCGCUGCAGAACAGAACCGGAAAAUGGCGGAUACCGAAAUGCAAGAGCAGUAUCUGAUUUGUGCUGAUGAUGGUGUCGUUAAGGAAGAAGAAAAAGAUCAAAACCCUAGUGAAGUACCCCUUCUCCUCGGGGAUGAGACUCUUACUCUAGACAGUGAUGCUCAGUUAACUGACUUUGCCAUUCCUAAGGGACCUGGUGCUAAUGAAGAUGUGGAUGCUCAGGCCAAUGGUCAUGAGAAGAAUGGUGAUGUUGGAGUCGUUCUUCACUCUGAAAAGAAGACUCUUACUAAGGUGCAGCUUUCGAGUCCUAAGACUGGAGAUGAAAAUGCCAAAAAGCGGAAGACUUGGUUGCUGAGUGAUUCUGAGGCACAGGGAACCGAUGAAGCGGGGACACCAGAAGAACAAGAGGCGUUUCUAAGAGAAUUAGAGACCUUUCACAGAGAGAAUUUCCUGGAUUACAAACCUCUCAAAUUUUAUGGGCAGCCUUUAAACACUCUCAAGCUAUGGCGAGCAGUCAUUAAGUUAGGUGGCUAUGACGUGGUCACUACCUCUAAGCUAUGGCGGCAAGUUGGAGAAUCCUUCCAUCCUCCGAAGACAUGCACAACAGUCUCCUACACAUUCCGUAAUUUCUAUGAGAAGGCACUUUUGGAGUUUGAAAAGUAUUUAAGGAGAAAUGGAGAGCUUGAUCUUCCUGGUUCAACACUCAUUUUGUCUUCAAACGUCGAGAAACAGGCAAGUAGCAGCCGUCAAGGCUCAGGAUCAGGCAGGGCACGAAGAGAUUCUGCAGCUCGUGCUAUGCAAGGUUGGCAUGCCCAGCGCCUUGUUGGAUCUGGAGAAGCUACUGGGAGUCUUGUUAAGGAUAAGAGCUUAACUCCAAAGCAUAAGAAGCUCAAAAGCAUCGGGCUGCAGAAACACAACACACAAACUGGCAUUGACCUUGUUGUUUCACAUGAAGCAGAAAAACAGUCGGUUGCUGAGGUUGUUGAUGAUGGACCCGUUGCUGACUGGGUGAAGAUAACUGUGAAAGAAACUAAGGAUUCCUUUGAGAUAUAUGCUUUGGUACCUGGCCUUCUUCGCAAAGAGGUUCGAAUUCAAUCAGAUCCAGCAGGCCGGCUGAUUAUAACAGGCGAACCUGAGCAGCUUGAUAAUCCUUGGGGCAUUACACCAUUCAAAAAGAUUGUUGGCUUCUCAGCAAGAAUCGAUCCGCUUCGCACAUCUGCGGUCAUGAGCAUGCACGGUCGGGUGUUCAUACGAGUUCCGUUUGAGCAGUGACUGAUCUCAUGAAUGAACUCUUCAGUUUGUUUUUAGUUUCUUUUAGGAAUCCUUUUUGUAUUAGAACCACAUUGUUAGGCUGCUGAAGCAGCUUUAACUCUAGAACUAUUGGCCUACGGGCCCAUUUUCUAAUUAAAAUUUGCCUUUGAAA